AUGGCCCUCUUUGGCAUCUCAUCCGCGCUGCAUCUUUUCCAGAUGAUCAAGCUACGUACCUGGUACUUUGUUCCAUUCCUGAUCGGCUGCUGUUUUGAAAUUAUCGGGUACAUAGGCCGUGCCUUAUCAGCAACGGAAACCCCGAAGUGGUCGACAACAUCAUACAAAAUCCAGAGUCUGACGCUUCUCCUCGGGCCUGCGCUGCUUGCUGCGUCUAUCUACAUGGUUCUCGGCCGUCUCAUCCGCUUCCUCAAAGCUGAAUAUUUGGCUCUGAUAGGAACGAAGUGGUUGACUAAGCUCUUUGUCCUUGGAGACGUGAUCUCUUUUGUGACGCAAGGCGUAGGCGGCGCAAUCCUCUCCCGAGCAAAAUCCCUAUUCGAUGUUGAGCUCGGGGAAAACAUCAUCAUCGCCGGGCUCACCGUCCAAAUCCUCUUUUUUGGGGGCUUCAUCAUCGUCACCUGUCUCUUCCACUAUUUUGCAGAUUACGAAACCGGCAGCAACGGGGCACUGAUGGUCAGCGAGGUGUAUAUCUACGUCUUCGACGCGGCACUCAUGUUCCUUGUUGCUGCCGUGCUCAAUAUGUUUCAUCCCGGCACUAUUGUUCAGAUGGAGAACAGGUUGACGGCUAUUUCGGAGAGCAGCGUGCCUCUUGAUUUGCAGACUUUCACUUAG